UUACGCAUGUUUUUCAGAUACUUAUCACCUGGAGCCUGGCUAGAAACAUGUCAGGGGAAUAUUGCCUCAUUUCCUGUGUCCUUCUGCUCAUGGUCAACUUGUCUGUGGGGGUACAGAAUGGGGACAUGAGGCUGGUGGGGGGUGAGCUGGCCGCGGAGGGCCGUGUGGAGAUCUACUAUAGUGGACAGUGGGGGACCGUGUGUGAUGACAACUGGGACAUUACUGAGGCACAGGUGGUGUGUCGCCAUCUCAACUACCCUGGUGCUCUCACUGCUGUGGUGGGUGGGAUAUACGGACAAGGAUCUGGUCCUAUCUGGAUGGAUGAUCUAAACUGUGAGGGGACAGAGAAAGACUUGUCCCACUGUCUCUUCAAAGGCUGGGGGGUUACUGACUGUCAACAUGCUGAGGAUGCUGGUGUGGUCUGUGAAAGAGAAUCUUCUCGGAAUAACAGUCGCGUCUACGCCCUGGACCACAACACAGGCUUCAGUAACCACAUGGGGGCGCUGUUUGACAGUGGACGCGACUGUGACUUUGACAUCAUGGUGCGGGUUGCAAACAGCAUUGUGGAAACCAUCUGUGUUCACAAGCUGAUUGUCACUCUGGACCCAAAUGCCUCCAUCUUAAACACCACACAAGAGGAGAACCUCAGUAACCUCAACCUAGACGUCAGCCUCAACUGCCGGCCACAUGUCACCGACUUCCUGAGGUAUCUGUACACGCGGCAGAUUAACGUGACCAUGUCCUCUGCCCAGUGCAUCCACAAGAUGGCGUCCAACUGGGGUCUGAAGCAGCUUCAGGAGGCGGCAGGGAGGCUCUUCACCUGGCUGCUCCCCGAUGAUGCCUCCUUCCAGACCCAGACCUCUCUGUACGAGUACUCAGUCCACACAGGCGACCCAGUUCUGCAGGAAACCUGUCUGCGCUACCUUGCCUGGAACUGUGAGUCACUGAUCCGUUCCCCAGCCUGGACUGGUCUUGCCCUGGGCACAGUAAAGACCCUUCUAGCCCGUUCAGACGUGGUAGUGCCAGAUGAGGCCUUCCUCCUAAAGGGUUUGGAGGACUGGGUGUUGGAACAGGGUAACUCUUCCACCCACGAAGACCAGGUCGCCAUUUUGGACCACAUCCGGUUUCCCAUGAUCGCUGCUGAAGAUUUGUUCAACCUCAAUGCCAAGUCUGAACUGUACAUGGACCAACAAGAGCGUUAUAAUGCCGGCAUGUUGCAGGGCUUUCAGUUCAAUGCACUCCCCUUCCAGACGCUAGCUAGGGGCCUCCUCCUUAAAAAUGUGGAAUACACACCCAGGAUCUACACUGGCAAGCCAUGGAGCUUCACUUUCAGCUCAAAGGAUGUCAACACGUUCCGAUACAUCGGCCACUAUUCCCACUCAGGCCAGAACCUCAACAGCCUCAGUGCCAACUUUGACAGCCCUGUGCACAACAGUGCCUUUUUUUCACUGUUCAAAAAGCUCAACUGGAACACCAGGGUCUUUAUCAACAACCAUGAAUGCUCAAACAGCGGUAUCCGCUGUCCGUCGCUGCCGAUGGUCUCGCUAACUGCCCAGAAUAACAGGGAGUUGCCCCAAGAGUAUCAGGACGGCAUCCGCUACCUCAACAAGGUUGUCCUGAUGUGUGAGGGGGAGUUUGUAUUCCAUGUCCAGGAUUUUGCAUCCACAAUUGUCAAUGGCGGCAAUCAGGCCCAGAUCCCAGCAAACAUCACUGCGGGCCAGGCCUAUCCGUGCCACUCAGACCAGUUCUCCUACCGUGUGGUGGUUCAGCCUGUGUACACCACUGAGAUCAAGGAGAAUUAGCAGGAAGUAGAGGGACGUGAAUAUGAGGAGAUAAAGUGAACGAAGAUCACUUGGUAGUUAGUAGUUUUUACAGUGUUUUACCUGUACACCAAGUCAGAAGCGCAGGAUAAAUAAAGGGGACAUUUAAGUAGACAAUGAAAGCUAUUACAAAUUUUGAUUAUGACGUUACUCUAAAACAGGUUAUAGGCUACAUGUGCACCACCAAGUCAGAACAGUAGGCGAAAUUAAGAGGGGUAAAUAGACCAAAUUAUCAAUCAAUCAAAUGUAUUUAUAAAGCCCUUUUUACAUCAGCUGAUGUCACAAAGUGCUAUGCAGAAACCCAGCAUAAAACCCCAAACAGCAAGCAAUGUAGAAGCACGGGUGAGGCACAUGGGCUACUAACAGCUUACUACACAACAUACACUUAGUAUUACUUUCUUAGCUACAGUAUACAUAUCUCCCUGGCAUAUUACAUCAUUUAUGCAGCAGCAUACAAAACAUUUUUGGACUCACCUUGUUGUGCUGUGCUCACUUGAACAGGAAUGGGGCACGGUGGUCCUUCGUGGGCAAAUUUUGUGAUCAAAUUCUGGCAUUCUCUGGAUUUAUGGUGCUUUCAAGACAACUGGGAACUCUGAAAAAAACAAGGUUGAAUCAUGAUGACGUCAUUGAUCUUCAGGUCGUAGCUCUAGGAAGAGGCCAGAGUGCCGGACUUAAAAUUCGGAGUUGGAUGUCCUUUCAAAACGUAUUUCCCAGUCGUAGCUCGUUUCUUCCCGUAUGUUCCAGUUGUCUUGAACUCAAUGAAGUCAAGUUUUUGCAGUUCCGAGUUAACAGUUGUUUUGAGCGCGGCUUAAAUCAUGCUUCAUUGACAGCAUGGCCAAUGUUGAAUGUUUAUCAUUUUAAACCUGGAAAAGAGCCCCUCCCAGAUUUGGGACCACACAGCCACUGUCACUGAUUCCUUCCUUCCAAACCACUCAUUGUUGAAUUUGCGAUUUCAAACUUGUUGUGUAAUGUUUGUCCAAUGGCCGAUGUGCACCGAUACGUUUUAUCUAUCAUUUCUCUUCAUUAUUUCUCUUCAUAUGACAAGGAUUAAAAAGGAUUUGACAGUAGAUUGUCGACUUGAUUCAUGAUGAUGACUGCUAGCUAAGAUUUUGAAAGCAGUCCAUUCAAAGCUACUGUACAUAUAACGUGAAUUGAUGUAAUUUUAUGGGUGGCCAAUGACAUUGAUCCUUCUUGUAUGGGCACUUCUAAUGUAACGUAGUGUCCCCAUGAGUGACAGAACACUGAGCCAAUCAUGGUGCAAUGUUCUGUAUUUUCUGCUGGCUUGCCCCACCACCACAGAAAGCACUGAGCUAGGCUGAAACACCUGCUUUUUGGAGCUGCCUUACUGAAGAAAGCAACAAAGAGACCAUGUUUGUAUGCAGCUUUAUUAACUCAAUUAUAUAUAUAUAUUUUUUUUUACAUUGUUUGCAAACUGAUAGGUGACAUAUAUUAAUGCCAAAAUAACAUGCAAAACAGACAAGACCCCCCCCACCCCCCAAAAAUGUGGGGCUUAAAACAGGGUCACCACUGAUCGUUCUAAUGUCUGUUUAAUGUUACUUUGAAAAAUGUGGGUCAUGAUCAUAUGUUCUCGACAAAUAACUCUAUGCAUGGUUGUUUUUAAUAAAAGUUUUAGUGAA